GUGGGGGUUCCGGUUCCGGUGUGAGGGGCCGAGGCAGCAGCGGGAGCGGGAGCGGCGGCGGGCAGGAGAAUGAUGGGGCCGAGCGCGGCGGAGGCGGCCGAGCAGGAGGAGCGCUUCGACGGGAUGCUCUUGGCCAUGGCCCAGCAGCACCAGGGCGGCGUGCGCGAGCUUGUGAACACAUUCUUCAGUUUCCUCAGACGUAAAACUGAUUUCUUCAUAGGAGGAGAAGAGGGAGUAGCAGAGAAGUUAAUCACAGAGACAUUCAGCCACCACAACAAGCUGGCUCAGAAAGAGCAGAAGGAGAAAAAGGCCCGGCAAGAGGCAGAACGGCGUGAAAAGGCAGAGCGAGCUGCCAAACUUGCUAAAGAAAAGAAGCAGGAAGAUAAUGAGCCAAGGAUCAAGGAGCUUACAGAGGAAGAGGCGGAAAGGUUGCAACAGGAAAUUGACCAGAAAAAAGAGCAAAAACAAGAUGAGCCCAAAGAUGUCUCAGUGAAAUCCUGUGAGAACCAAACGGACUCUCCAGAGCCCAGCAAACAGGAGACAGAUGAUGAGGAAGAAGAUGAGAAGGAUAAAGGAAAACUUAAACCAAACUCUGGGAAUGGGGCUGAUCUUCCAAACUAUAGGUGGACACAGACCCUUUCUGAACUGGAUCUCGCCAUACCAUUCAAGGUGAACUUCCGACUGAAGGGGAAGGAUGUGGUGGUGGACAUUCAAAGACAGCACCUGAAAGUGGGGCUGAAGGGUCACCCCCCAGUGAUUGAAGGAGACCUAUACAAUGAAGUGAAGGUGGAGGAGAGCUCCUGGCUGAUUGAGGAUGGUAAAAUAGUCACCGUGCACCUGGAGAAGAUCAACAAGAUGGAAUGGUGGAGCAAGCUAGUCCCCACGGACCCAGAAAUCAACACCAAGAAAAUUAACCCAGAGAACUCCAAGUUGUCAGACCUGGACAGUGAAACUCGCAGCAUGGUGGAGAAAAUGAUGUAUGAUCAACGUCAGAAAUCCAUGGGACUCCCCACAUCUGAUGAACAGAAGAAGCAGGAUAUAUUGAAAAAGUUCAUGGAGCAGCAUCCAGAAAUGGACUUUUCAAAGGCUAAAUUCAACUGAGCCCCUCUUGUUCCCCCUCCACUCCCUUCAGACAGGCCAUGGAAUGGGACAGGAUGUGCAUGGGUCGGAGGGAGUGAAGGGUCAUCUCCUGACCUUGGGCGAGUAAACACACCUGUCAUCCCCAAAUGAACUUGCCAUGGAAGCAGCUUCAUGACUGGCAUCCCCUGUUGUCAGUCCAGCACAAUGCAAGGCCCUUGUAUCAGUUUGCAGCAGCAGCGCCUGUCAGACACGUAGCCAGCUGGCUCCCAUUUAUAUAGACCGCAAGGACCUUGCUUGGUGGAGAGGAGGGGGUAAAGCAAGUCAGGCUAAGCAAGACUGUCACUUGCCUCUUGAGGACCCCUUAGCCCCAGUUCUUGGUUAAGAACCAGUCUAGUUAUGACAGGAGUGGAGCUGAUGCAGCUGUCCUCCCAACUCCUGCUUUGAAACUGAGCAGUUGGAGCUUUUAUGGGCAAAAUUCCAUCUUCUGUCUCCCCCUGAUCCUCUCUCCCUGAUGUACCUGCUCCAAAGCAAGCUGCAUCUGUAAAACUCUUAUAGGACAUAGCACCCUGGCUAGGACCCUCCCUGCUAUGUUUAUUAGGCAAAUUGACGCAGAGGGUGGAUCAGCUGUGGCAUUUGGGGUAUUGGUCCUACCUUCAGUAAUACAGCGCUGUUCACAGUGGGUGAGUCCCUUAACUCUUUCUGUGUGACUGCUCUGCUCUCCUGUAGGAACAGUUGGCUUGUUUUAUAACGCUUUCCUAGCCUUCAUCUGUUUGUCGAGGAGGGUGCCCCAAUAAGACCUGCCUUCACCCUUGGUCUUUGGAGUAGAGGCUAAUGUGCCAAUUAAACUCCAUUUUAUCUACAACAGAGAAGGAUUUUACUCCUGGUCCACACGGAUACAAAUCCAUUUCAGUUAUCAGAGGACAUUGCUCCACUAGUCACCACACUGCUGCUCAGAUUAGUUGGGAAGGGGCUUUGCGGCCUUUCUAACUCGGGGGAGGUGCUAGAGCUUAAUCGUGCCUGGGGAGCAAGGAGGGGCCAGUGGCUGAUUUGGCCGCUGAGUGGGAUUGGCUCAGUCUGUUGUUGGGCCUGGUGAAAAUGGGACAAGUGGAUCGCUAUGGACUUCAGGUGAGAGGUCACUAAAGUGACAGAGGGGUGUGUGGAAAUUCUGCUAGCCAGCUGAAUGAGCAGCACCGAGGCUGAUCAGCAAAGGGAGGGGUGGAUGGUAUCUAUUGGGUGUCUGGGGAGGUGUGGAUGGUAGGCAGGACGGAGCCCUCUGGGCAGUGACAGCUCUUGCUGGAGGUUUGAUCUCUCCACCUAUUUCAAGUUAGUGUUUUCCAAGAGGCCUCCUCUCUUCCACCUGUUGAUUGGCCAGCAAGUGUCCCCUGCGUUCUCUCCAGAAUGUUGCUGACUCGAGUAACUUGUUUUCUGCAUGUUCAUAUCAUUGUUAAAGCUGCACUUGUGAAAUAAAGGCAAUAUGCUGAUUGGGGAGCAGCUUGCCUGAGGCUGGGCAGUCACCUCUGACUUGUCACUAAGUGAAGCACACAGCUGGGGUGUGAUUGAGCCUGGCUCCAGCUCGUACACUUUAGCCCGGGCUGGCCAAAGGCCCUAUUUGGCCUACCCUCUGCCUGUAGCAGCUCCCUGCCUGAUCAGUGCUGCGCCUGUGAAAAAGA